UGCAAGUGAGACUUCGACAAUGCAAAAUAUUAUCAUCAUCAGCGCCAUCCUGGCAUGCGGGGCUGCCGCUCCUGCCUACCUCCUCAGCGAGCCAACCCACGUCAUCCACUCCGUGCCCCUCACUAAGUCCACAUACACCCAGAGCAGCCAAGUGGUCGACCACGGCAGCACCCACGUGCUCCACCCAGUCACUGCCAUCCACUCCAUUCCCGUCGUCCAUGCGAAGACCACCAUCACCAAAGCUGAUCACGUUGUGAGCCAUGGAGGUAGCUACGUGCACCCAGUUCACUCUUACGUCAUGCCCGUUCAUGAGGUCUACCAUUACCCGAAGACCACCAUUACCAAGAGCAACCAGGUUGUGAAUCACGGAGGUACUCAUCUAGUCCAUGCUCCCGUAGUCUCCGUGGCUCAUACUCCCGUGGUAUACCACUCCUCGCCUCUGGUGACCCUGAAGACUGGAGAUUCGGCUGUGACUCACCACAGUUCCACUGUCCAUGAAACUGUGCCAGUUGUGAAGUCAGCUUUAGUUGCUGUUCAUCAUUAAGUGUUUUUGUUGUU